GAAGUGAUCUCAGGCGCAGAGGAAAUCCCGCCUGCCCGCGCCCGGCCUGUGUGUUGUGCUCUCGGUGUUGGCGACGGCGAGGCGCUUCUCCGGGGGUGGCGGAGGGGCCGGCUGCGUCUGCGAGGGAGACAUGUCGGAUCAGGAAGCCAAACCUUCAGCAGAGGAUUUGGGUGAUAAAAAAGAGGGCGAAUACAUUAAACUUAAGGUCAUUGGGCAAGACAGCAGUGAAAUUCACUUCAAGGUGAAAAUGACAACGCAUCUAAAGAAACUUAAAGAAUCAUACUGUCAGAGACAGGGAGUUCCAAUGAAUUCACUCAGGUUCCUCUUUGAGGGUCAGAGAAUUACUGAUAAUCAUACUCCAAAAGAGCUUGGAAUGGAAGAAGAAGAUGUGAUUGAGGUUUAUCAGGAACAGACAGGAGGCCAUUCAACAAUUUAGAAUGUUUGUUUUUUCCCCUUUAUCCUUUUUUAUUUUUAAAUAAUAGUUCUUUUGUAAUGUGGUAUAUAACACUGAAUUAAAACCAACGCCACAUUCCUAUGUUUUAAAUAUUAUUUCCAGUUGUCUGUUUUGAAUUAUUGUGCUCAUUAUACACUGUCAUUGUGUCAGACUUUUGUGAUCCUACUACAGUUGUACUUCCCAAUUUUUCCAAUUUCCUCUUUAGAAAAGCAACUGUCUACACAUGCAGUUACAUGUUGGCAAUGGUCAUGUGUCCAAGCGUUGGCUAUUUGGCAGUAGGCAGAGGUUUCUACUAUUCAUGUUGGCCUGAAAUUUAGGUGUGUGACUUUUAUUUGUGGAUUUUAAGAGAAGAUAUGGAAACUUUUUGAAAUAUAAACAGAAGGAUUACGUCCUAAUAUUAAGAAGAGUUUUCUGUAGAUUUUACUGGGAAGUAGCCAAAUACUGAUGGCAAAAAUGUAGUUUCUUUAUGGUAAUAUUAUCUUUGGAAUGGCUUCACUGAAGAUAACAUGGAAAUUGUUUGGGGUUUUGUCAACAGAAGAUCCUAGGAAAGUUUUAAUUAAUGUACAUCUUCAUGCAACAAGAGUUAUGAUUUUUAUGUUGUACCUGUUUGCCUGGAAUGUGGUUUUUCAAUGAACAUAGAUUGUAUUGGCUUCCCUUUAAAUAAAUAAGAGGAAACAAAUUCAUAAACCUCUGCAUUUUCUUUUAAGACUUAAAUUUGGAAGAUUAUUUGAAAAACUAGUGAAGAAUAUUUAAAGAAGAUAAUUUCUUAUCGAUGCUGGAGGAUGUUACACAGGAAAAAAAUUGAUUCACUUUUGAGAAUUAGCACUUUCCCUGCUACUUGCUCUCAGUGUAUAAGUAGAAAUCAAGAAUUUAUCUUUCACCGGAAGUUGUAUUUUGUUAUGUGUGGCUCCAGAACUCUGAAAAUUAAUGGUAAAGUAAUGAAGAAUAAAUAUGGAAAAAAUGAAAAUGCUAUCUAAACAUCUUCAGUGGUGUUUAAAAAACAGGGAUGUACCAAUUCUUCAAUUACAGAGAAUCACAGAAAAUAUUGGGACUCAAAUUAGAUAUGAAUAACAAUAAAUGUAUUGAUUUCAAUACAAGUUAACACUAUCUUGUAAUCUAUAUUGGAAAACCUAGGUACUUUGCAGAAUUACAUGCAUCCCAUAUGCAUGCACUAAACUAGUUCAUUUUUCAGACAGCUCCCAUUGGCAAUCUUAGAGUGUAAGUACCCCUGAAAAUAAGUUAAUUUUCUGGAAAUAAAUUAUUCAUGUUUGGAAGUUAUAUGAAAUAGUGUUCUGUAAUGAGGCCUGAUCAACAAAACUUUUUUUUUCCCAACUGAUUUUUUUCCCUAAGUCUAAUUCAAAAUCUUCUAUCUUAUCUCUUUUAGCCAAUUGCAGAACUGUCAUAGAAAACCUGUCAAUGCUAGAAAGAUUCUUUAGCUCAGGUUUGCAAUAUUGAUGGCAGGACUAGAAACACUGCUCUACCUCGGCUUUAUUUUUGUUGCCAGGGGAAUGGGAAAGGUCAGAAAUUAAGACUGCAGUGUUCUUAAGCAUUCUUUAACAAACCAUUUAAUUGUAUUUAAUUUUCAGGCACUUAACUGUAAAGUGUUAAAUGGAUCUUCUCCAAUGCUUGUAGUUUCCAUGUCCAACUUCUGAUGCCUUUUUGUACGCAUGCCAAACUUUUUUUAAAAAUUAAAACUUGUU